AUGGAAAACUUGAUCCGGUGCUAUGAGGCGCUAACAUUUCCGGUUUUGUCCAAAUUUCGAAUUGCGGAGCGGUAUUCGCGAAAGCGUUUCAUACUCGAGUCGGAGUGGACGUUCGGUAGUCCCAAAGAGGAGGCGUCGUUGCGGAAUUCUCGCCAACAUUUCGUUGAUGAAAAUCUGGAAGCAAUGAAUUCUAAAGUCUCUAUGAAUGCAGCUGGGAUUCGCCGAAUCUGCCAUUCUCCGUCAGGGGCGAAAAAGGCUGUGGUCAGAGAAAUAAGCAAAGCAGGAAACUCGAAGGCGAGUCAUUUUCUCGAAAUAUGGUCGGAGCGUGACGGACGGCAAGACGUCGUGUUUGACUUGACAGCUCGAAACCUUCAUGGGCCGAUUUAUGACGAUGAUCGCUUCGGAGGGAUUUUUUUCUCUGAUGAUGAAAAGCACUUAUUCUACAUAUCCGAACGUCGUCGAGACGAAGGCACCAGUUUCUUCUCGGAUACGGAUGCAUCAAAAGCAAAAGAUGCGGAGAAAAAAGGAGAUGCUGACCCUCUCGCCAAAAAAGGAAAAGGAUCGCUCUACAUUCAAAGUUGGGGGGAGCAGCUUGAUGAUAAGAAGGAGUCGGUCUUGGUUGUGGCGAAUAUCGAACUAAGCACAAUCGACGUUAUUCCUGAAGAUGCUUUCGGGGACAAGUCGCUGUGUCCGGCGGAAUUCGUCGUGGCUGGUCCGAAUAAUUUGGUCGGUGUGGUGUACGAUCCGAAACCUUUCAAACUUGGUGCGCAGUUCUGUAUCAACCGGAGAAACAGGGUUUAUGUCAUGUCCCUGAAAUUUUUGACAGAUGGCCGAAUUGACAAAGAUGCCUUGAGAGUGGACUUCAUUGAAUCUUUGAACGAUUUCGCUGUGCGAAAUCUGAGAUUGUCUCCGGACAAAAAGCACCUGUGUUUUAUUGCGUCGAAAUUGGGAGGAACGCAUUACAAAACAUCGUCAAUGUAUUUGAUGAAUCUUGAAACUAAAGAGCUCAGGACCGUGAUUCCGGAGACAAAGCGAAUGGACGAACAAACGAAGUUUGCCGGGCUUUGUGGAGAAUCCUUCGUGCCUAAGCGCUGUUUUGCUCGAGAUGGGGAUAACUUGUGUGCGAUUUUCACGUCGAUGUAUUUGCAUUGUACUCAUAUUUAUGCUGUGGAUCUAGAAGGAAGCUCUUUUGGGAGGAUUAGACGACUGACCGAUUGCUCUUCUACCCCUGCGGGGCAUGGAUCAUGGAUAGUCCACGAUGUCGACUUCGACACUGGCUUACUUCUUGCUUCAUGGAAGGACUCGUUGACUCCUGCGGAGCUUUACGCUGGAUACUUCCCAUCGACUUCAUCAAAUGUUGAUUGGAAACGAAUCUAUUCCCGUGAGGAUCGCCGGCCCGCGUUGAUCAGGGAUGCCGAAAUUCAUCGUCUCUAUCCCAUUGAAAUUCCGAACGAUAGUGAUGUGUCGGUUCCAGGACUGAAUGCCCUGCUAUUGUUGCCUGGAGGAUCCAAAACGGACGAUUUUUCUGUUCCGCUAGUGUGUAUGUUACAUGGUGGCCCUCACAGUAACGAUCUUGAUUCCUACUCUGUUUUUGCUGGCGUCUUGCUCUCGCUCGGGUUCGCUGUACUUCGAGUCAACUACCGAGGCUCCCUGGGGUGUGGGGAAGACUACGUUCAAGCAUUGCUUGGUCGAAUUGGAACGCUAGACGUUGGUGAUUGCCAUCACACUGUUCUUCACGUGCUAGAGAAAUACAAGCUUUUGGAUCCAAAGCGUAUCUCUCUGAUGGGUGGCUCUCAUGGUGGAUUUCUGGUUUCUCAUCUUGCUGGACAGUAUCCGGAUUUCUACAAAUGCGUGGUUGCAUGCAAUCCGGUGACAAAUCUUCCUGCGAUGCUUGCAGUAACCGACAUUCCUGAUUGGGUGUACGUUGAGUCUGGAUUGGAGUACAAGCAGGACAAGGGACCUUUGUCUGCAGAUAGUUACGCUCGCAUGAUGGCCAUGUCGCCCUUCGCACACAUUGACAAAAUUCGCUGCCCAGUUUUGUUGCAAAUCGGUGACAAUGAUCUGAGGGUUCCCCCUAGUCAAGGGUACUCCAUGUAUUACGCUUUGAAGGCGCGGGGGGUGGAAGUCGAAUUGCGUCACUAUGCGGAUAACCAUGCGUUGGGGAAAGCGGAUGUGAUUCACGGAUUUUGCAUUUCAUCCUUGCUGUGGAUCAUUGAUCACGUGCCUAAGUAAUGUCUAAACGAAGCUGAGAUGAAAAAAUGCGAUUUUUGGAGCUAAUCAUUGUUCAACGGAUAUGGGAUGCUAUUUCAAUUGUUUCUCACCGUGUCUCUGUUCGCUUUAACCGCACACGCACUUGUUUCCAUGUCUUCGUUUCAUUGGACGAUUUAAACUCCCGAAGAAUUCGUUGAUACUGUGAAUAAUUCCAUUGUGCGGAAGUCCUGUUCAGACUUAUGGUCCUUGGUGCACAUAAUUGAAAAUAAACAGGAAGCUUUGAUCAGGCCUUC